AUGACCAUGGUCCAGGGCUGUGGAGACUUCAGGCACCUCAUGCUGGGGGCGAAGGUGUCCGGAACAUCAUAUCGGCGCGAGGUGCUGCAAGCGGCCUCGAAGCAUUUCCGAGAGGCCUACGCGUUGUCGCCGUUGUCCUCUCCAGUGGAGCCGUGGCCGAUUGAAGAGGGAAGGACGCUGCAGGAGUGUGAUCGCUUACAGCUGGACGGCGAAUGGUCAGAGCAGGAGGUGAAAGCGGCGCUGAAAGGCCUACCGGCGGGGAAGGCCCCGGGGCAGGACGGCUUGCCGAAAGAGUUUUUCGAAAGAGAUUGGGAGUUGUUGGGCCCGGCUUUGAUGAGGGAAGUCAGGACCUUCGAGUCAGCGGGUGUGCUUUCGGAAUCUUUUACGACGGCGGUUACGAUUCUUCUGCACAAAAAAGGGGACAGGGGCGAUUUGGGGAAUUAUCAGCCGAUUACUUUAUUGAGCUUCUUCUACAAAUUGCUAGCGAAGGUGUUGGCGAAUAGAAUCAAGGUGGUCUUACCGAAAGUGAUCUCCGGCAACCAGUUCGGCUUUCUCCCGGGGAGGAGCCUCGCUGACGCUGUCUCUCUUGUAGCAGAUGCGAUUGACGCUGCGGAGCAGGAAGACGAGGAUUGGCUGCUGCUGCUGGUUGAUUUCCAGAAAGCCUACGAUUCGGUAUCACGGGAAUACCUCUUCACGACGCUGGGCAACAUGGGCUUUCCGGAGAAAUUCACGAGAUGGGUGAAGGGUCUUCAUGAUGGAGCGGCGACCAGGGUGCUGUUGAACGGCUGGAUAGGGGAGCGGGUGGUGAUGGACAAAGGGGUUCAUCAGGGCUGCCCGCUCGCCCCAUAUCUCUUCCUUUGCGCGGUUGAGCCACUCUGCCAAGAAAUAGAACGGAGGAAGCUGGGGGUCAGGAAGAGGGGUGUGAAAGGGAGUUUAGACUAUAUUGGAUACGCGGACGACACGACACUGGUCAUGAAGGGCAAGGAACAGGUGGUGGUUGCUGAGAAACUGCUGGGGGAGUUCGUGGAGAUCUCAGGGCUGAAGGUGAAUCGGGAUAAGACAACGCUGAUGCCGCUGGGUAAAAACCUAAGGAGGCUACAGCCGAUAGCGUCGUCUUUCAAGUGGGCGGAGAAGAACGCGUCUGAAAGGCUGCUCGGAAUCUGGAUCACUUUGGGAGGCUCGCCGGGACCUGCAUGGGACAAGGCUUUUGAAAAAGUUAGCGCGGUGCUGAGCUGCUGGGAGAGUAAACACCUCAAAACAUCAGCACGGGUUACAAUCAUAAACAAUUACGCGAUGCCGAUCCUGCUCUUCCAGGCGCAGAUUUACGCCUCACCGUACGAGGUCUGGACCAAAGUGAAGAGGUUGUGCCAUAAUUUCAUCUCGGGAGGGAAAGCGCUCCUCGACAAGCACUUCACGCUAUGGAGCUACGAACUGUCGUGCAGAGGUCGGAAAGAGGGGGGCCUGGGAGUGAUUGAUCUGAAGCAUCGGAUUGAUAGCAUGGGGAAGAUCAUUUUUCGGAACCAGGCGGGCUCGCUCUGCCUGAAGGACAUCCGACUGGGGGAUUUGGUGGCGAUGGGAGGAGAUGGCAGCAGAUCUCGUAAGAGCGAGGAGGUUCUGGAGAGGGAACUGGGUGGUGUGGAGCAGAGGAAGUGGGCCCUGAAGGCGUGGGAUGCGACACCACAGAGAUGGAAGGAUCUGGUACUCAACCAACUGUCGGCGGAGGAGGUUUUCAGGGAGACGAGGCUGGUCCGCUCUGCGUCUUACCGGUCAGGAGAGUUCUUUUACUAUCAGUUGCAGUAUGUGAGCAACAGCGAACUGUACGGUCGGAGAGUGACGGUGGACAAGAAAGGGAACAUAGGCGAGGUGGAAUAUGCUAGCGUGUGUAUGAAUCCGGGCAGGGACAUGCGUUCUCUCGGGGACAUGCUCUUCCAAAGGAGUGGCACGUCGUCUGGGUUUCCUGAGGCGGCAAUCAUAUCCAUUACAGCGCAUCAAGUUUGGCUGGAAAGGUGCAACGCGGUUUUCCGAGGGAGCCGUUUCCAGCCGAAGAGAGCAUUGAGACGCAUGGCAAUUGGCUUCACAAGGCACGUGAAGGUCUACAACAGAGCGCGGAAGAAAACGGCUGGCAGGAAUGCUUCGAAAAGGACGGGUGACUGGAGCCACUUGAAUGCUGACGAGGCAGGCGCUGUGCGCAGGCUCUAUGAGACAGAGGCCUCGAUGACGUGGAGAGCGGGUUUCAGGAAGAUCUGGGAAGAUGGUGGUGUAGCGUUCCAGCCUCCGUAA